GAGCGGCGGCGGAGGAGGAGGAGGAGGAGGAGGAGGAGGAGGCGGGGCCUGGAGGCGACGCGGGCUCGGGCGCAGCGUGGUCGGCCCACUCGGUCCCGCGGCCUACGGACUCUGCCGGCGCUGCGGAGGUACCCUGCGGGGGACGGCCUUUCACCAUGUCACAGCCCGUCAAAAGGAAAGAACCAGCCGCCGUCCAGGAUGUGAAUGAAUCAGAAGCUGAACUCCCCAAGUCUGAGCUCUCGGGGGAGGCGGCAGCGGAGGAAGACACUACGGCCCCCAAACUUCAGAAGAGAAGCUCAACCCCAGAAGGUGAGCCGGCAAACAACCCCGAAAAGGAGCCGGCCAAAGAACCCGAAAAGGAGCCGGCCAAAGAACCCGCCAAGGAGCCGGCCAAAGAACCCGCCAAGGAGCCGGCCCAAGAUCCCGCCAAGGAGCCGGCCCAAGAUCCCGCUAAGGAGCCGGCCGUAGACCCCGCCAAGGAGCCGGCCGUAGACCCCGCCAAGGAGCCGGCCAAGGAGCCAGUCAAGGAGCCGGUCAAGGAGCCGGCCAAGGAGCCGAUCAAGGAGCCGGUCAAGGAGCCGGCCAAGGAGCCGGCCAAAGAACCAGCAAAGGAGCCGGCCAAAGAACCAGCAAAGGAGCCUGCAAAGGACUCUAAGAAGGAAAGUGAUGGCAGCAGUUUGCCAGCGCGCCACUGGCUGAUGAAGUCGGAGCCAGAGAGUCGGCUGGAGAAAGGCGUGGAUGUGAAGUUCAGCAUCGAGGAUCUCAAGGCUCAGCCCAACCAGACAACAUGCUGGGAUGGUGUCCGUAACUAUCAGGCUCGGAAUUUCAUGAGACGCAUGAAGGUCGGCGAAGAGUCCUUCUUCUACCACUGCAACUGCAGACACCCCGGCAUUGUCGGUGUCAUGCGGGUUGUGAAGACGGCCUACCCCGACCACACGCAGUUUGAGCCAAAGGCUCCCCAUUAUGACGCUUCCAGCUCCAAGGACAACCCCAAGUGGUGCAUGGUGGAUGUCCAGUUUGUGCGCAUGACCAAACGCCUCAUCCCUCUGGCCGAGCUCAAGGCCUAUCACCUGGAGCACAAAGCCUCAGGGGGACCCUUGAAGGCCCUGGCCCUCUUCACGCGCCCGAAGCUCAUUGUUCAGCCCGUGACACCAGAGGAAUUUGAGUUUAUUGUGAGCCUUGAGGACAAGAAGCCAACUUAACAGGAUUCAGCUGGAAACAUUUCGCUCAAAGCAAGACUGCUUGGCCCAUCUCUCCAGAGGUGAGGGGCCUUGCUGGUUAUUUCCUUUGCUGUGUGUAUGUCUGAUCUUUUUAAUAAAAGUGUCCAGGUACAA